UCGUGUGCAGCCCAAUUUGAGAAGACCAGUGUAUCUGUGAUGGAGCCCAUGUCUGAUCUAAUCAAUGGGUUCGCCCAUUCAGUCUCUCAAAACCCUUCUUCUUCCUCCCUCUCUCUCUCUCUCUCUCUCUCGCCAUCUGGUUUCCGCCAUACACGUUCGCUUUACAGUUUUAUUAGGUCCAGUCCAGGCGCCGAAAAUGAGUUCACUUGCUCCGAGAUUGGUAAAUUUGCUUAGAGUAUCUACUCCGAUAUCUUCUUCCUCUCAUCUAGCUACGAGUGUGCAGAGAAGCUCAAACUCGUGGUUCUCGACCGAGACAUUUGAUGUUGGCGAUAGGGAUGAGAACAAAACUGAAGUCGAAGAAGAUUUUGAUGAUCUUCUUGGCAAGCCCGAGACACAAGCGCACGGCGUUGAUCCAAAAAGGGGUUGGGCUUUUCGUGGCGUGCAUAAGGCAAUUAUUUGUGGAAGAGUUGGGCAAUCCCCUGUUCAGAAGAUAUUGAGGAAUGGACGAACAGUCACGAUCUUUACAGUCGGAACCGGAGGCAUGUUUGAUCAGAGAAUUGUAGGAGCAAAUAACUUGCCAAAACCUGCUCAGUGGCAUCGAAUUGCCGUGCAUAAUGAAGCACUCGGUGCAUAUGCUGUUCGACAGCUUAGCAAAAAUUCUUCUGUUUAUGUUGAAGGUGACAUUGAAACAAGAGUAUACAAUGACACGAUCAAUGGUGAUGUGAAAAGCGUGCCAGAAAUAUGUGUCCGUCAUCAAGGCAAGAUUCGCCUAAUAAAAUCUGGAGAAAGCAUCAGCAGCAUUUCUUUUGAUUCUCUAAGAGAAGGAUUGCUUUAGCUUGAAGUUAAUGAUCUAAAGAAAUCAAGUUUCUGGAGAGCAAAAGUAGACAUCCAAGUGUUAGCUUUGUAUUACUGUAACCAGGACGAAACAAAAAGCUCCAUUCUCAAUGCAAUCUAUUUUUUUCCUGCUCACCUUUCUGUUAUUUGUCCCCUGAGUAUCAUUCUCUGUCUUUUUUAAUUUUUGUUUUCUCUUCUUUUACAUGUUUAAAUUCUUAGGUAACUGUUUAACUCUGAAGCUUCAUUCGCUAAAUUGAUUUGCAGAAAUGCGAUUGCUGGGUGUGCCUA